ACCUCGACCUUGUAACCUUGUCUUGUCUCAGUCUGACUGACUGUCGUUCACUGCCAUUUACUGAUAAAUUAUCUACUGUUCAAAUUUUGCUGUUAUUGAGGUUAGAAAUUCUAACUUAAAAUCUUUUACAGGUGUAAGUAACUUAGAAAACAUGGGUAGGAAAUUCUUCGUUGGAGGUAACUGGAAGAUGAAUGGAAACAAAAAGGGAGUUGAUGAAAUAAUUGACUUUUUGAAGAAAGGACCUUUAGACCCAAAUGUUGAGGUUGUGGUUGGAGUACCCGCUAUUUAUUUGGAAUACACAAAGAAUAACCUUCCGGGUAAUGUGACAGCUUCAGCCCAGAAUUGUUACAAGGUUCCAAGUGGAGCAUUUACUGGAGAGAUCAGCCCAGCCAUGAUCAAAGACGUCGGUGUCAACUGGGUUAUCAUUGGACAUUCCGAAAGAAGAAACGUUUUUGGAGAAUCCGAUGAGUUGGUAGCGGAGAAGGUGGCCCAUGCGCUGGAACAGGGACUGUCCGUGAUUGCGUGCAUCGGAGAGAAGCUGGAAGAGAGAGAAGCCGGACAGACUGAAGCUGUGGUGUAUCGUCAAACUCAAGCCAUUGCAAAUAAGAUCAAGGACUGGUCAAAGGUCGUCAUAGCUUACGAACCCGUCUGGGCAAUCGGAACGGGCAAAACCGCAACCCCUCAACAAGCUCAAGAGGUUCACUUGAAACUCAGACAAUGGCUGAAGAACAAAGUUUCCGACAAAGUAGCCGAAGAAACAAGGAUCAUCUACGGAGGCUCUGUGACAGCUGGGAAUGCCAAGGAACUUGGAAAGGAAGGCGACAUUGACGGUUUCUUAGUGGGAGGAGCCUCUCUAAAACCUGACUUUGUCACUAUCGUCAAUGCCAAACAAUAAACAAAAGACUAAACAAAGUUGGAAGUACAACAUCAGAACAAUAAUAACUUUAGGGUUAGGCUAUAAACAAACAUGUUCCAAAACUGUUUCUAUUUAUGAAAGAUAGUCAAUUUAUUUUUGUUCAGAGUGUAUAUAGUUAUAUUUUAUACUUUUGCCAUCUCAGGUAUUAUACUUCUCUGAUGAAAUUAAGCGUUCCAUAUCAGUUUGUUGAUCACAAAUGAAGACAUUGUUAGUUUUUUUUUAAGUCUAUAAAGUUAGUAUGGUUUAUUGUUUAUGAAAAGAUAUAAUGCGAUUGAAAAUGAAAAUUUUAAAUUUCUAUAUGUAUUGAUGUUAUUGAAAUAUAUAUCGUUGAAGCUGAAAA